GAGGCAGAUAUUUCUCUGUGGAAAGUUUGAGGACGUCUCGUUGGAUCUUUGGAGAGGAGAGACAGCGCAGCUGCAGACUUUAACGCACCGAGCGUGUUUGGAUGAGAUAGUGUGGAAAUUUCAUUUUAGUUAAAAAUCUACCGACAGCAGCCACCAUGGAUAGCGGAUCCAACCGAACUAUUGACCCAAGCUGCACGGAGAAACCCCCUCUCGCCAUCGACAUAAUCCUCAAGUUGGACAUCUUUGGCAUCGUCCUGUACUCGGUGCUGACCUUCAUGGCCACAGUGUCCAUGCUGCUCUUCAUAGAAGAGUGUAUCUACAUCUAUAAGAAAGUGCCCGCCAAUAAGAAGAGUGUAAUCAUUUGGGUGAAUGGGGCGGCACCGGUAAUUGGCACCAUGUCGUGUCUGGGUAUGUGGAUCCCCAGAGCCACCAUGUUUACUGAUAUGACCUCUGCCUGCUACUUUGCCAUUGUGGUGUUCAAGUUCCUGAUCUUGAUGCUCGAGGAGGUGGGUGGAGACGAGAUUUUCCUGAAGCGAGCAGGGAGACAUAAACUUAAGAUCAGCACGGGGCCGUGCUGCUGCUGCUGCCCCUGCCUGCCAUAUGUGGCCAUCACACGGCGCUCUCUCUUCCUGCUCAAGCUUGGCUCCUUCCAGUUUGCCCUCCUGAAGAUUGUCUUCACCAUCCUUUCCAUUGUCCUCUGGACCAACGAGACAUUUGACCUCGCCGAUUUGAGCAUUAAAGGAGCUGCUAUUUGGAUCAACCCAUUUGUGGGCAUCUUGACAAUCAUAGCUCUGUGGCCUGUAGCGAUCAUGUUCAUGCACCUGAGGAUUGCCCUGCGGACAAUCAAGAUCAUCCCCAAGUAUGCCAUGUACCAGCUGGUGCUGAUCUUGAGCCAGCUGCAAACAGCUAUCAUCAACAUCUUGGCUUUGAAUGGAACCAUCGCCUGCACUCCACCCUUCUCCUCUGCAGCCAGAGGAUACAUGAUGAGUCAGCAGCUUUUGAUCCUGGAGAUGUUUAUCAUCACGCUGGUAACACGUCUGCUGUACCGCCGACAGUAUGAACCUUUACCCGAAGAGGAACGUGACAUAAACGAAAAAACCAGGAUGGUUACAAUGCCUGGGUCUGCAUGAGAAGUGUGUGUGUGUGUGUGUGUGUGUGUGUGUGUGUGUGUGUGUGUGUGUGUGUGUGUGUGUGUGUGUGUGUGUGUGUGUGUGUGUGUGUGUGUGUGUGUGUUUGUGUGUGUGUGUGUGUGUGUGUGUGUGUGUGAUUUCUAUAUCCUGCAUAUAUUUGAUCAAAAGAUUAUAUAAGUCAAUAUGAAUAAAUGUAAUAAGAAUUAUAUGUAAAUGUAUUUUGUGUAUGUUCAUUUGGGGUCACAAAGGUGCAAACUUUACAAAACUGUUUGAUUGACUGUUCACACCAAUUACACACCUUAUCCAGAGGGAUCCAACAGUUAUGAUAGUUCCCAUUUUGUGUCAUUUCAAUUUGUUUCUACCAAAAAAGAGACCAUGCAUAUUUGGCAAUUAUUUGGUAACACUUUAUUUUACAGGUCCAUAAUUCUCUUGUAAUGUCCAAGGGAGUGUAUUGGGAAAAACUGUGAUUUGGUUUUAAUUACGAGGAAAACGGAGAAAAUGUUUGGUGAUAGUCAGUGUUCACUUGUUGAUUUGUUGAAUUUCCUUCAAGGAACUGCUCAAUUUCAACAUUGUUUUAUUAUUAAUUUAUUAGUAGAAAUUAGAUUUUCCAUACAUGUUAAAUAUGUCUGGUGGUAGACAAAUUUGAAAUUGUUUAGCUCUCCAAAUAAUUACCAAUUGAAGUACCAUAUUACUUUCCUAUAAGUUUACACUUGGAUGUCAGUUAAAUUCUAGAAAAUUACAAGAAAUAUUGGGACCUUAAAUAUAAAGUGGCACCGCUUAUUUAUAUACGCUGUGUUUUUGUGAGGCAUUAUUGCAUAAAUGAUGGUAAACUGUAUUUUUUUUGCAUUCUGUGUGACAACCGCUGGACCUUUACUGUCACUAUUAGCUUUUACAAUGUGAGCAUUUUAAACAUGCUCAGAUGAAAUGUCACUGUAUGAGUCUGUGGUGUCUUUUCUUACAGCUUUUUCAGUUUUCACAUCCAGCUGUCACACUGUAUUUUUGAUCUUGUGCCGCUAGGUGGCAGUAGACCAAAAUCGAGUGACAGCUGCCGUCAAACCGUGUGGGAUUGGAGCCUAAUUAUCAUCACCUGCCUGUUCUUACUGUAACAGGUGGUUGACACACAGUAGUCCAAUGAGAACUUUUGCAGCGCAUAAGUACGCCACACAUCACAUCCUUAUACAUGUGUACUCAUUGACUGUGUGUAAACCUAAUGCUGCAUGUAUUACAGUAACUGGCUGCAGAUAAACAUUUUAAUGUAAACGAUGUUGAUUGACACGCCCCCCUCCAAUUGGGUUGGUGCUGUGUCUCACUUCCUGGUUUUAAGCCAAUCACCGUAGUGCAUCAACAAGCCUGGGCCGGGCCAAGUGCGGUUGAGUCGAGACUUUCGAAUGUACGUGCUGUCCAAAAAUGUCAUGCCAGCAACGGUCUAUGCAUGCUAGUCCAAAUAUACCGGAAGUGUGAAGAUUUGUCCUUCAAAAUAAAAGGUAUUUUCCUGCUGUACAGAAAAUCUAAGAUGUCUGUAGUUUACUUUUAAGAGCGACAACGACCCUUCUGAGUUUAAUGUGCUCUUUUAAAAUAGUCAUUAAGCAUCGGUGUCCUUGAGUGCCGAGAAAGGCGCCUUUAAAUAAAAUAUAUUAUUAUUAUCAUCAUCAUCAGGUUAUGAGAACUUACUUACUUGUAAUGUGUCCUGGGUGAAACUUUAAAACCGUUUAAGCUGCAUUUAUUUACAAUAAAGGGUUAAAGGUUUCUCACUUUAUUAAAACUAAGUAAUCUGCAGGUAUAUACAUUAGUAAGUCAUUCAUAAAGGGUUCUUAUAGUAAUCCAUGAAGUCUGCAGUUGUGAAGUAGUUGCUAAUAAAUGCAGCUCUUUUCCACAAGGUCAGCGGUCAAAUUAAUAACGUGAGCAAUCUUUUCAUUAUGAACUAUUUAUUGAUUUAUUUAUUAUAUCAGGUGUUUUGCAUUUGGCUUGCACCUGUUGCUUCAUCUUUUACACUCUCUAUUUCAAGAAAUUAUAUAACAAAACUGUAUUAACUAUCACUAUUUGCAUUAUCAUUGUAAUAAAUUAACGGAACCCACUUUAUUUUAUUUUAUUACUUUUUAAAAACAUAUGUAUGUUUAUUGUACUUGUUUAUUAUACCAUACAUGCAUUUUUUUAAACGUUUGGCAUGUUAAUAUAUUGACAAAUUGUGUUACCCUUUUCUAGUAGACCUAUUGAUAAAUUGCCGUAAUUGUUUGUGAAUUAAAGUUUAGAGAUAAAAAUGCAUACAAAAUAAAGAAAGUGUUUGGAGGAUUAUCCAGCAAGAGACAUUUUCAAAACUUGGCAACCCAAACGUUUUUCUUAUAAUGGAUUAUAACAGAAAACUAUCAAUAACGUAUGUAACAUUAACAUUAAUAAAGCCAUUAUAGACAUA